ACAUCACGCACUCUCAAUGAUCUCCUGCGUGAGGUGCGACAGCUGACAUGACCUGAACCACGUCAUGUCGACUAAGAAACACUCGCCGCAGCCCAAACGUUCAGAGGCGCUCAGCGGUCGGCUAUCAAAAUCAGCUUCAGAGUUAUCAUGCGCGCCCGCAGCCGCAGCGUCUCCGCCCCGCGCCCGCUCCGCUCAUCACCACGCCCCGCUGUCUGUAGUACAUAGGACGCAGCAUUUCUUUACUAAUUUAAAGAGCCGUUGGCAACGUAGCCGCAGCCGUGAACGAUGUCCUGCCGGCACCACCUUCACGCUAGCUCCAGGUCCUGACAGCAGUGGCACGGAGUACGCUGGAGACCAGAGCUCUGAGCAUAGUACUCCUGCCAACUCGCCGAGGCAUCGGAUACAGAGGGACUCAGUGACGCGUCAGGUAUCUACCGAUCCAGCGCCGUCCACGUCAGGCACUCCCGCGCAUUACCCAAGACCGCCGCCCGCUGAAUUGUUACAAUUGGAACCAGACGAAGGCCAAAGACUAAGAGAGCAGCAACUGCGAACAUACUCGUUCUUCCAAUUGAGAGUACACUUAAAAAGAGGCCAAAACUUAGUAGCUAUGGACAAAAAUGGUUUGUUAUCAGGCACGAGUGAUCCAUACGUCAAGUUUAAAGCUGGGGGCAGACUGUUGCACAAAUCCAGGAUCGUGUAUCGAGACCUUAAUCCUGUGUGGGAUGAAUGCUUUACCGUGCCUAUUGAAGAUCCUUUCCAGCCUGUGCAGAUAAAGGUCUUCGACUACGACUGGGGUCUUCAAGACGACUUCAUGGGGUCCUGUCAUCUCGACCUGACAGCAUUAGAGCUGGGUCGUACGCAAGACCUGGUGCUCUGUCUCCGAGACCCUGGCAAACCUACCCAGGAUAUGGGAGAGAUCGUCCUGAAUGUCACCCUGUGGCCGAAAUCUCAAGAGGAUAAGGAGCAGUAUUUACUGAAGAACACGAGGCUGAGCGAUGUGAACAAACGUCUGAAGGCUCAGAUCUGGAGCUCGGUGGUCACCAUCGUGCUGGUCGAAGCCAAGAAUCUUCCCGCUAUGGACCUGGACACCAGGUCUAGUGAUCCUUAUUGUAAGUUUAGGUUAGGUAACGAAAAAUAUAAAAGUAAGGUAGUAUGGAAGUCAUUACAUCCGUCGUGGUUGGAGCAGUUUGACUUGCACUUAUACGAUGACCAGGAACAAAUACUAGAAGUCACCGUAUGGGACAAGGAUAAACAGACGAAGGAUGAUUUUCUAGGAAAAUGUGCAAUAGACUUAUCAAGACUGGAAAGAGAGAAAACGCAUAAUAUCUGGAAGGACCUAGAAGAUGGGAAUGGACAAAUAUUUUUAUUACUUACAAUUAGUGGUACGACACAAUCAGAAACUAUUACGGACCUCAGCAGUUAUAAGGAGAAUCCUAGAGACCGAGAGAUAAUUGAAAGGCGAUAUACAUGGUACAACUUAAAUGAACAUUCAAGUGGUGUUGGAUGGCUUUGUGUGAAAGUAUACGGUGCUAAGGGUCUUGCGGCAGCAGAUUUAGGGGGCAAGUCAGACCCCUUCUGUGUACUUGAGUUAGGAAAUGCAAGACUACAAACACAUACAGAGUACAAAACGCUAACACCGAACUGGAUGAAGAUAUUUACUUUCACAGUAAAGGAUAUAACUUCAAUACUAGAGAUAACGGUAUACGAUGAGGAUCACGACCAUAAAGUAGAAUUCUUGGGCAAACUGGCUGUGCCACUGCUCAAUAUAAGAAAUGGUGAAAAACGAUGGUACGCUCUGAAGGACAAGAAAAUGAGGGCGAGGGCGAAAGGAAACUAUCCACAGAUACUAUUGGAAAUGCUGGUCAUUUGGAAUCCGUUAAAAGCAGCCAUCAGAGCGGUAAAUCCGAAAGAGCCAAAGUACAUGCACCAAGAAGCGAAGUUUAAACGACAGCUGUUCAUUAGAAACGUAAUGAGGUUAAAGGCUAUCAUCAUGUGGUUCAUAGAAGUUGGCAAGAUUUUACAAGACUGUUUUGAAUGGGAAUCAAGGAUACGAUCAUUCUUAGGCCUGCUAGUAUGGCUGGCGUUUUGCUACUACUAUGAGAUGUGGAUGCUGCCAUUUCUUAUGUUAAUGUUCUUCGGUAGAGCCUGGCUUAUUUAUAGACUAACUGUUAAGUUCAAAACUUUCGUGAGAGCUUUAAGAAGUGACCCGAAGGCUUAUUUUUCGUAUUUAUUUCUAAGAGGCAACCCUUUAUUAGUACCUGUUGAUGAUGAGGAUUUGCUGGCUGAAGAGGAUGAUGAAGAUGAAGCAGACAAGGAGGAGAAGAAAUCUCUGAAAGAGAGAUUACAAGCAAUACAAGAAGUGACACAAACUGUACAAAACGCGAUCGGUUACGUCGCCGCUUUAGGAGAAUCAGUUAAAAACUUGACGAACUUCACAGUGCCAUAUCUAAGUUAUUUAGCGAUAAUAAUGUUAUUUGGAGCGAUGAUGGUGUUAUACGUCAUACCUUUGAGGUAUCUGCUAAUGGCGUGGGGUAUCAAUAAAUUCACAAGAAAAAUACUCCGGCCACACACGAUACCCAAUAAUGAAGUUCUAGACUUAUUAUCGAGGGUGCCAGAUGACGAAACUUUGUUGGACUGCAGAGAACUAAAGCCUCACCCACCGAAUGAACACCGAAGGGAUGCGAGGAAGAAGCACAAACCUUCGUAACAUUCUCCGAACGCGAUCCGCAAAAGGGUCCGACAUUAUGUAAAAAAUCUUGGCAAUAAGGAUAUUCAGAAACCUAGAAUGUUAUAAAGCCACGAACUUAACAGAAGUUCGCAGAAUUUAAUUUUGAAAGAUUUCGAUCGAUAAUGAGAUAUUUUCAUUUGGUGACCAUACGUUUUCUGUGCACUUGCUUUUUGACCGACAUGUUCCGUGAUUUCUGUUAUUCAAAUAAUAUUUACACAUGUAUCUCACAGAAACCAUACCAUUUUUUGUUAAGUAGGUAAGACUUUCUUUGUAAAGCCCAUAAGAGUAGCACUCUUAAUGACUGUGUUAGAAAGAGAGAAUAUCGUAGUAAUUUGUACAGUAAAAUAUUUAUAAUGACAAGAAAAUUCUACCGGACGAUUGUCGAGAUAUGCUAAGAUAAAAGUAGCGGAUUUAUUGACCGUCAAAAGGAGAUAAAUCCUUCUUCUUAUUUUUUUUUUACAUGGCAACACUUUAAAGUAAUUGUCAAAGUUAUCUAAGUAAAAAUUCUUUUUCGUUUGUUUUUUUUUUUCUAUUGUUUCUAUUGUUUACUUAACUAAAAUUGUUGAACGUACGUUUUGUCUCAAAAUCUUUGAAUUGCUUUUCACCCCGUUAAGUAAAUAUUACUUUGCCAUUUUGUUAUGAUGUUAUUUAAGAAAAUGUCUGUGAUUUUGAAUGAUCUGUUAAUGGCAAAUAAAAUGUGGUUUUAUAUUGUGAAAUAAUAAUGAUGAUGACACCAAAUAUUGUGAAGUUAUAAGCAAUGUUCAUUAUACAAUGAGUACUGCAAUAAUUAUUAUAAUCGAUUAGGUAAAUAAUUUCUUCCAUUGUUUUCCAAACAUUAAAUCUUAGCUAGAACAUGCUAGUUAAUAUUCUAUUACUGUUUGUUGUGUGCAUAACUGUAAAGAUAGGACUCAAAGUUGAAACGUUGUACUGUUUUGACCAUAUGCCGCGUGACCAGGCUUGGCAAGAAAGGCUAGAACCCGAUUUUUAAUGGCAACACCAUAGAAUAUACAGAACAACUACACGCACAACUACUACUAAUACACGUACGUACAGGUGCGGUGAGUAGUAUUGUUUGAAAUAAUCGAUAAAAUAUAUUUAUAUUCUUCAUACUUUCAGGUUCUAGCUUUUUCUGUCAAGCCGCAUUUGAAUACCCUGAUGCCGCUGCUUAGUGUUGCCACAUUGUAAACCAAAAACUGCCAAUCUAUUUAAUAACUAACGAAAAUUAAGGGGAUUGGCAGUAGGACAACUAAAAGAAAAUAUUUAUGUAAAUAACUAUGGAGCUAUUGGAAUAAACCUAAUUUUUGUAUUAAAAGUAAAACAAAGCUCCAAAUUCCUUAUUAGAAUUUGCAUUUAAGUCCCAAAUUGUAUAAAAACCAAUAGAAUAUUAUAUGAUCACGUAGAUAGGAUUUUUUAAUGACGCCAUUUUUGUAAGAAAUGUUAUUGUUGUGUUGAUAUUUUUAAACAUGAUUAGGUAUUUACGAGAAAACAUCAUAGCAUAGCUCAUUCCUCUAUUCCUCUCAUUCCUUUACCGAUAUAAAAAUAUUUUAUAGCAUAAGACUGAGACCAAUCUCAUUAAUUGAAGAGGAUAGAUAGAAAAUCAUGUUUGUACUUUUAUUCUAGUAGAUUACCAGUUUAACUAUACGGAAAAUAAACUAUAUUUCAGCUUUUCUUUAGCUGGUUUCUCAUUCCAAUUUGUAUCUAUAUCUAGUUUAGUGUUAAGACUUGUUUACACAUGUCUAGUUUUUAUAAAGUGCAUGUCUUUUGUCAUUAUGUGAAUAACGUUUAGAAAUGUGGGUUCAUUCCCGAUGAAUUCCACUUUUUAAUCCAACUCCCUCAGAGGUCCAUGGCUUGGGGCACUUGGCUAUGCAUUAUAUGUUUGACUAGACACGUUUAAACAAGCCCUUAGAUUUUUACUUAUUAAUAACUAACUGUUAUUUCUAUAUUCAAUCUCUAUUUUAUCCGUGACAUAAAAUUAAUGUUUCACUCUCUACUUGUCUCAAAGUUGUCGCACAAUUUCAUGCACAAAAAUGUUCUUCAAAUCGAAAUCGUUUAUGUUGAUUGGUCUUUGAAACUUACCAAGAGUGUUAAAAAUCGUUAAUUAUGAAUACAAACAUUGUGUGCUAAAGGUGCGUACAAAGGAGAUAUUGAGAUUACAAUCUUUCUACUAGUUAAGUGGAUAGCCACAAAUCCUAUCAGUACCCAUCCCACAUUUCGAUAAUAUACCUCAUAGCAGACAAAAAGGUAGCAAAAUGAUAUCACGGAAAAGCCUUUGAUAUACAUAAUCAUUGUUACAAGUAAACAGUAAAAUUAAGUAAGAAGAUUUUAGGCAAACAAAAUAAUCUAUUUUUAUGUACAAACAGCCAUGACAUUGUUCUUCUACCUUAUAUUCAUUUUGUUAAUUACCUACUUGUCUUGUGAACAAAUUAUUAUAAUACUUGGCUGUACGCCAAUCGCUAAUUAAGAUAAAAUUAUUUCGUACUAGUCAUUCGCUUUUUCAAGAUUUUGUUCCUGGAUUGUUAUACGCGAGGUUGGAAUGCUAACAGUAAGUCACGUGGUUGAAAAUAACCUCAAAAUUUCGAAAGGGGAUAACCAAUCUUUACGUUUUAACAAAUGAAUACACAAGUAUUGAUACAAGGGAGGUUAUUUAAAAUAAAUGAGUGUACUAGUGAAGCUUAGAAAAUGUAUAAGUAGACUUACUGUCUUUGCCACUAGCUUCGUGUAAAAAGAGCUUAAUGUGGCUAAUGGACGAUGUGCCUACUUACUUUGCUGCAGUGGUAAAAGUGUAACUGGUAGAUUCUCAAGAGUUUAUCUAUCUUCAUAUGUCAUCAGAAGGCAUCUUAUUAUAAGAUACCUACUUGGUCGUCCAUAAGCCACGUUAUCUAUUUAUUUAGAUUUAUUUUAAAAUUCGUAGACUAAUGCACGGCCUGCACAGAUCUCUAAGAUACAAUGCACUAAGCACAUCUCAUUACUUACCUAAAUAUAUUUUGUAUACCAGUGUAUUGUGAUAUAAACAAUAAUUAAUUAUUCUUGUUACAAAUAUAAUAAUUAUCGUAUUACUAAGUUGUUGCUUCUGUCCUCGUCAUUUUAAGGUUGGUGGCCAAGCUACCGAAACUCGUGUACAAUUUGUAGUGCAGAAAGAGUAUGAUGUUCUCGAUGGCCGAGAUUGCCGUCAUAAUAUACAGGCAAUGUAAAAUAAUAAGAUGUACCUACUAGCAAAAUGAGUUUUAAGUUCAAAAAUCUGCUUGAUAAUUCAUAAUUAUUAACAUAAUAUGGUUAUUCAACUACAGUAAAUUGGCCCUGUCCGACGUCCUGUGUUAAGUCAAUGUGUGAUAAAAUUAUAAAAAUAUGCUUUACCUGCUUCAAAUUAUUACCUCCAGUCCAUUUCAACGUAUCAAACAAAUAUUAUCUUUAUGAAGCACAAAGAUAAAAAUGUUAACGCUUUCAUAUUUUAAAGAAUUAAAAAAAUAAUGAGAAGACUUA